GGCCGCCUGAGCUCGGCGCUGAGCCCGGAGCCCGCAGCCGGCCGUCUCCUGCUCCCGUGCGCUGGGCGCCAGCUCCGGCCGUGCUGCCCGGCUGCAUGAGAGCGCAACCGACCAUGGAGCCCUCGCACAAAGACGCCGAGACGGCGGCGGCGGCGGCAGCGGUGGCUGCGGCGGACCCCCGAGGGGCGUCCUCGUCCAGCGGGGUAGUGGUGCAGGUCCGCGAGAAGAAGGGCCCCCUGCGCGCCGCCAUCCCCUACAUGCCCUUCCCCGUAGCCGUUAUCUGCCUCUUCCUCAACACUUUCGUGCCGGGACUGGGGACAUUCGUCUCGGCCUUCACUGUGCUGUGCGGGGCCCGCACCGACCUCCCGGACAGGCAUGUGUGCUGCGUCUUCUGGCUGAACAUUGCAGCAGCCCUCAUCCAAAUCCUCACGGCCAUCGUCAUGGUGGGCUGGAUCAUGAGCAUCUUCUGGGGCAUGGACAUGGUCAUCCUUGCCAUUUCCCAAGGCUACAAGGAGCAGGGCAUCCCACAGCAGCUGUGA